CCUACAUACAUGGUGUGAUGAUUACCAAAGAAUCCAUUCUAUUUGUGUGGGCUGAAAUCGAAGACUCAGUUGAGCGAACAGUCUGCAAUAUAAUAACUAACUAGCUGUGCACUUUCAAUUCAUAUACAAUGUGUUUUAAUUACAAGAACCGUGUGUGUUUUUUGUCUGUUUUUCAUGUCCUGUAUUAUUGAUUCAUUUCGAAAUUAUCAAUAAUUCUUAGACGAUUCUGGAUCAUUUGAUUUAUGCUCAUGGUUCUCGUUAAUCCUGCAUUGUAAUCAUGUCAUUGCAUAGCAUUCGGAAUGAAGAGGAUUUUAUCUUUCAAUAAAUUAGUAUGAACGACUGAUUUUCAGAUAUGCCUCUCUUAUUUCUUAUGCACAGACAUUUUCUAAGCAUUUUACAUUUGUCUAUGUUUUAUUUCUUUCACCCUAUGGACAGGUUACUUACUUUUACUCUGUUUAGUUUGACCAAUAAAAUUCACAUAUGAUGUGAUUCACAUUAUAACCAACAACGUAUGUUAACCGAACCAUGCUCGCUAAUUGGUUUGUUGCUAUCAUCUUCAACCAAUUGUCGAUGCUUAUCGAACAUAUAAAAGCAGAGGCAUAAAGUUCACUGUUCUAGCGAGAAUGUGGUACGCAUUGCUGUUCUUCAUCAACGUGUUCUUCUUGCUCACGGAUGCAUCCGUACAACAGGAUACAGCCAAAGAAGAAGGAAAUUUACAAUGUACGUAAAGCAAUACUAUUUUAUCCUGAUAACAUUGUGAUUUUAGACUUUGAAUGCAGAAGUGAAUAUGAAGAAAAACAACAUGGCUUGUUUCUUAUGGAUAGUUAGUUAUAAUUAGAGCGAAAUCUCUUUUUUAAAUCCCACUUUAUUUCAUUGUGACACAGAGUUGACUUGAUUUUUUCAUGCAUAAAAUUAAUGAGAACCAGUGUAAACAACGGAAUCAGGCGUACAAUAACGUUUGGCUUUCGUCCAUAAAUUUGCUAACUUUUCUGAUAAUCAUGUUUUUUUUUUUGAAAAAAAACACCACAGUCAACUUACUUUUUACAUGAAAGCUCACAACUGAAAAGGUGUGCUGUAUAAACGUCCUGUCGAUCUUUUUAUGAAAAUGUCGAAUUCCAAGCACUGACACAUAAGUUAUGAACAAACAUUCAGUUAUUCGUUGAUACAAACAAUCAAAAUUCUUCUCAUGUAAAAUUUUUCUUGAAUGGAAACGUCUUUCAUUAA